CAAAAUCUUUCCAUUCACAUGACAAAACCUCUGGCUGGAUGCUGGAAUGCAGCUCCCCUCCACCUCUUUUAACUCUCAAAUCUCUUCCAUCCAAACCCCACUCCAAGAUUAGAAAACAUUAAUAAUCGAGACCCACAAAUGCCCAUUUGAUAUCUGAUCCAAGAGAAAAAGUUAUGGGUCACCUGAAUUUGCCUUCAUCGAAGAGAAUCCCGCGUCAUUGGCGGCUCUUGGACAUCGUUUCCGCGGCGUUCUUCGGCCUCGUCUUCCUCUUCUUCCUCCUCGUCUUCAGCCCACUCGGAGACUCCCUCGCUGCCUCCGGUCGCCAGGCCCUCCUUGUCUCCACCGCCGAUCCACGUCAGCGCCACCGCCUCGUGGCUCUGGUUGAGCUUGGGACCCAGUCCGCCGCCAUCGAGGCUUGCCCCGCUGAGUCCGUGGACCACAUGCCAUGUGAGGAUCCCAGGCGGAACAGCCAGUUGAGCCGGGAAAUGAAUUUCUACAGAGAGCGCCAUUGCCCGCUGCCCGAUGAGACGCCGCUUUGUCUGAUUCCACCGCCCGAUGGGUACAAGAUUUCGGUGCAGUGGCCUGACAGCUUGCACAAGAUAUGGCACAGCAACAUGCCACACAACAAAAUUGCGGACAGGAAAGGUCAUCAGGGAUGGAUGAAAAGGGAAGGUCCAUACUUCAUUUUCCCUGGUGGUGGCACAAUGUUCCCAGAUGGUGCAAUACAGUAUAUCGAAAAACUUGGACAAUACAUCCCUAUAAGUGGCAGCACUCUAAGGACUGCUCUUGAUAUGGGUUGUGGGGUGGCCAGUUUUGGUGGAUAUAUGCUAGGAGAGGACAUUUUAACCAUGUCAUUCGCACCAAGAGAUUCACAUAAAUCCCAGAUACAAUUUGCACUGGAGAGAGGGAUUCCAGCUUUUGUUGCCAUGCUUGGAACACGCAGACUCCCUUUUCCUGCAUUCUCAUUUGACUUGGUGCACUGUUCUCGAUGUUUAAUCCCUUUUACUGCUUAUAAUGCAACAUAUUUCAUCGAAGUGGAUCGGUUGCUUCGACCCGGAGGAUAUCUGGUCAUAUCUGGUCCCCCUGUACAAUGGCCUAAUCAAGACAAGGAAUGGGCAGAUCUGCAGGCUGUGGCUAGAGCAUUGUGUUAUGAGCUUCUUGCUGUCGAUGGGAACACCGUUAUCUGGAAAAAGCCAGUGGUAGAUUCAUGUCUCUCCAACCAAAAUGAAUUUGGUCUAGAGUUGUGUGAUGAGUCAGAGGACCCAGAUAAUGCAUGGUACUUCAAAUUAAAGAAAUGUGUGAGUAGAAUCUCUUCUGUCAAAGGAGAUCUUGCUGUUGGGACAAUUGCACAGUGGCCAGAAAGGCUAACAAAAACUCCUUCAAGGGCCGCGGUCAUGAAAAACGGCAUUGAUGUGUUUGAGGCUGACACUCGACGGUGGGUGAGAAGAGUUGCUUACUACAAAAAUUCAUUAAGCCUAAAGCUCGGAACUUCAGCUGUACGAAACAUUAUGGACAUGAAUGCAUUUUUUGGAGGCUUUGCAGCAGCUCUGAAGUCUGAUCCUGUGUGGGUAAUGAAUGUGGUUCCUGCUCGCAAGCCUUCAACUUUGGCAGUAAUUUAUGAUAGAGGCCUUAUUGGAGUCUACCAUGAUUGGUGUGAGCCUUUCUCAACAUAUCCUAGGACCUAUGAUCUCAUUCACGUCUCUGGGAUUGAAUCUCUCAUAAAAUAUCCGGGUUCGGGCAAGAACAGGUGUAACCUUGUGGACUUGAUGGUAGAGAUGGAUCGAAUUUUACGUCCAGAGGGAACUGUUGUGAUUAGAGAUUCCCCUGAAGUGAUUGACAAAGUAGGUCGCCUAGCUCGUGCUGUGAGAUGGACGGCUUCCAUUCAUGAGAAAGAACCUGAAUCACAUGGGAGAGAAAAAAUACUUGUUGCAACCAAAAACUUCUGGACGCUUUCUUCAGCAUCAAACUGAACGGGGUUUUGUUCAUUGUAGGUAUUCCUUUCUUCUCUCUGUCUUUUUUCUCAAAGCCAAGUUGUCAUCUCAAUGCAUCGAAUGUAUGCAGUUUUCUUUCUUCAUGUUCUUUAUCUGGUAUGUUUAUAUUAGGAGAUAGUAAAGUUAGAAUGGGUUGGAAAUUUGAAGAUGGGGGAAGACUUGCAGGUUUAUGUGAGAAGAAUACACAAGCUGGUGGGAAUUACACAUCCACUUAGACACUUAGUUGUCGGCCGUCAUUGUAAUUUCAUGUGGCUACUUAGUAUCUAGUUACUUAAGGAUUCUGAAUUAUUAUCCUUACUGCCAUUCUCCUCUCUAUACUUAAAAAAAACAUUUUGUGCU